CGUACGUCGCGAUACCGCGGUACGAUGUACACAAUAUAAGUUUUAUGCAGUUGUUACCGAUCAUCUAUUUGCCCGGUUGAUAAUUGACUAUGUCUAGACCCUAUGAAGAACUUAAUUAAGUGAAGAAAGUGACAGCAUUAUGGAGCCUUUGCAGGAAAUCGAGCUGAUAUCACUAGCUGAAGACGUAGUUCCGGGCAAGUACUCAAAACUGUGCAACGCUCUGGGGUAUUCCUAUGCAGUAAUUCAAUCCCACCUCGUCAAACAUCUCAACAACGUUAAUGACGCCCUGGUGGAGCUCCUCAUCAAAUGGAAUAACAAUCAAGCAGACAGCACUCAAACUCGAUCCAUACUAGCGAGCAAACUCCAUGACCUACGACUUGUUGAUUUAGGUGAUAGACUAUCUGAAGGUAAAUAUCUACCUAACCAGCAGGACUUGCAUGACGACAAGAAGACUCCAGUGCAGACUACCCCAGGUAUGGCAGCACAUGAAGGUAUUGCCAGUAAUCUUCUCUUCCAGCUGGCUGAAGACAUCGAGACGGGUGAGCAGAUGGAGGCCUUAGGACGAGCUCUUGGAUUUAAAGCUGCAGCUAUCAAUAGAUACACUGACACGAAUAACAAAGGUGACCGGGUAACUUGCAAGGGAACACGUGACAUGCUGUUUGACUGGAGACAGACCGUAAAGCCUUGCGACCAGCAUCUCAGACUGGAACAAGCUCUCAUUGACGCUAAGCUAGUCAUGCUUGCUGAUACACAUCUCAAGGGGACAUCAAGUAUUCCAGAUAAGAUCUACAGUAAGAAGAUCUCGGAAUCUUUGACUGUUCAGCGAUGUCGCGAAAUGUUGGAGAAUCAUUACCGAAAUCAAUUGUGCAAAAUUCAAAUGACACCGUGGAAUCAAAAUGAUUAUGCUGAGUUCAAAGAUAUGCACACGGUUGUCACAAUGGUGAAGAAGGACGGUCGUGGAAAAGACACAAAAACGAAGGAAAUACUCAAGGGUUCUGUUUCUGAAAUAUUUUCAACGAAAGUAGACGGCGAACUACCAGUUCGAAUCCUCAUUUCGGCCCCCGCUGGACGAGGGAAGACCACGGCUGUUGCUAAGAUGGCUUACGAUUGGGUUCACAGAGAAAGGGGGUCAGCAUUAGAACACCUGCCACUUCUGUUUGUUGUGAAAUUCCGAAACACAAAUUCGCAUACAACGAUUGGAGAAGCCAUCAAAUCCCAGCUUUUGAGUGAUGUUGAUGAUCUCACACCAGAGGGUCUGGAGAGAUUCAUUAAGGAGAAUCAGGGCAUCUGUCACAUCAUUCUAGACGGACUAGACGAGUAUUCUGGUAUUUCCUCUUCACAGCGCAUCUCAUUGAGCAAUAUUGUCAGUGUCAUCCGUUGGGAGGAAUUCAAAGAAUGCCGAGUCCUUGUAACAACACGCCCUCACCUAGAGAACUUCUUCAAUCAAAAUGAUCUUCCAAGGGUAUACACAAAGAUGUGGAUCGAAGGAUUCUCGCGAGAGAGCUCGUGCAAGUACAUCGACAAGUUCUUUGUUUCGACUUUGAAUCCUUGUAAUGGACAAAGUUUGAAGGAUUAUCUUGAUGAAGAACCACUUAUUGAUGAACUUGUCAAGACACCCCUAUUUUGUCUCAUGAUCUGUCACUUAUGGAGUGAGAGCCUACUGACCAGUGGUAUUACAACUCAAACAGAAUUGCUUGACAGGGUGAAUGUUUUUUUAAUGCACCAUGCAAACGCACGAUCAGAGUCAAGAGUGAAAAUCACACCAAAAAAGUUGAGGAAAAUCAUUUCUCAAUUAGGCAAAGCUGCCCUUACUGGCCUGCUCGACGAUGCUAAAAAACUAGUCUUCACACCUCAUGAUUUCCGUAAAGAUCCCGCAACCCUUGAUAGGGCAUGUGAGCUUGGGAUAGUAUCCAAGAGUACGACUGUUAACAUCACAUGCCUUCCUCAGUCCAACGAAACCACUUCCACUACCAUUGAGUUUUAUCACAAACUCGCCCAAGAACACUCGGCUGGGAAAUUCCUCGCUGAUCAAACACACCACUUUCUGUUACGUUGGAAGAUUUCUGAAUUGGACAGAGUACUGCGCAAGAUCAAAGCAAACAUCGGUGACUACGAGAAUCUUAUCCGAUUCGCUGCUGGCACGGACAACAGCCUCUGUAUACGAAUAAUGGAGGCGCUCCUAUCAAACAGCUUUUUGGAUGAGAGCGAGCGAUAUCGCAUUCUCCUUGACUGCUCAUCAGAGACCACGGGUGCUGAAGGAAAUGUGUCUUCGUUGGUACAAAGAUGUGUCACAGCACGGAGUAUGAUUCUAAAGUCACCAACUGUCUACACCGUCGUUGGGAUGAAAAAUCUUCCAACACAACUGAAACGUGAGGUCAGGACAGUGCAUUUCGAAGGAUCUACUCUAAAUAACGAUGUGACGAAUGGACUAUGGUCUUGUCUUGGAUCAUUUUCGAUGCUACAUACCCUCACCAUCUCAGACUCUUCUAUCAGUUUUCCCCCAUCUCCUCCUGAGCUUCCAUCCUUCACAAAUCUAUCAGCCGAGAGAAUGACUUCAUUCUGCUACAAAGGUAUGCUCCCAUUGAUACCUGGUGUGAGAGAGAUCGAUGUCUCUAUUGAUGUUGCAGAGCUAGAGAUGAGCAACACUUUUCAGAUCACCACCGCCUCCAGGCCUAUGGGUCAGACCAGGGCUAGGGAUGAACAGUUAUUUGUUCAUAUCAGACUACACGCCUGGCCAGCACUCACCACAGACAGGAAGAUUGAUUCAGGAGAGUCAAUUGCAAGGCUUAAUCUUCUAUUUGGAGACCAAACCAGGAACCAACAGCGGCUGCAUGUGUACGGGGUGAAGGGCAGAGACGAAGAAACCUUGGUCGACCUGUUUGUCGAGACUAAACAACUAACACCCUCGAAUUUGGGGAGUGGAGGUGGUUCUGUAAUCGACGGAGACGCCGUCCAGAAUACUAGGCUUGAGAUACAGCAGUGCCAGCUAUCUACUGAGAUGACCGACAAGUUGUGGUCCUGCCUCAGAUCCUUCACCCCACUGAAUCAGCUCAGCAUCUCAGACUCCUCUCUCAGUUUCCCUCCAUCUCCCCCUAAGCUUCCAACCAUCAAAAAGCUAUCAGCCGAGAGAUUGACAUCACAGAGUUACGAACGAGUGCUCUCAUCGGUACCUGGUGUGAGAGAGAUCGAGGUCUCUAUCGAUGUUGCAGAGCUAGAGACGAGCAACACUUUUGAGAUCACCACCGCCUCCAGGCCUAUGGGUCAGACCAGGGCUAGGGAUGAACAGUUCUUUGUUCAUAUCAGACUACACGCCUGGCCAGCACUCACCACAGACAGGAAGAUUGAUUCAGGAGAGUCAAUUGCAAGGCUUAAUCUUCUAUUUGGAGACCAAACCAGGAACCAACAGCGGCUGCAUGUGUACGGGGUGAAGGGCAGAGACGAAGAAACCUUGGUCGACCUGUUUGUCAAGACUAAACAACUAACACCCUCGAAUUUGGGGAGUGGAGGUGGUUCUGUAAUCGACGGAGACGCCGUCCAGAAUACUAGGCUUGAGAUACAGCAGUGCCAGCUAUCUACUGAGAUGACCGACAAGUUGUGGUCCUGCCUCAGAUCCUUCACCCCACUGAAUCAGCUCAGCAUCUCAGACUCCUCUCUCAGUUUCCCUCCAUCUCCCCCUAAGCUUCCAACCAUCAAAAAGCUAUCAGCCGAGAGAUUGACAUCACAGAGUUACGAACGAGUGCUCUCAUCGGUACCUGGUGUGAGAGAGAUCGAGGUCUCUAUCGAUGUUGCAGAGCUAGAGACGAGCAACACUUUUGAGAUCACCACCGCCUCCAGGCCUAUGGGUCAGACCAGGGCUAGGGAUGAACAGUUCUUUGUUCAUAUCAGACUACACGCCUGGCCAGCACUCACCACAGACAGGAAGAUUGAUUCAGGAGAGUCAAUUGCAAGGCUUAAUCUUCUAUUUGGAGACCAAACCAGGAACCAACAGCGGCUGCAUGUGUACGGGGUGAAGGGCAGAGACGAAGAAACCUUGGUCGACCUGUUUGUCAAGACUAAACAACUAACACCCUCGAAUUUGGGGAGUGGAGGUGGUUCUGUAAUCGACGGAGACGCCGUCCAGAAUACUAGGCUUGAGAUACAGCAGUGCCAGCUAUCUACUGAGAUGACCGACAAGUUGUGGUCCUGCCUCAGAUCCUUCACCCCACUGAAUCAGCUCAGCAUCUCAGACUCCUCUCUAAGUUUCUCACCGUCUCCUCCUGAGCUUCCAACCAUCAAAAAGCUAUCAGCCGAGAGAUUGACAUCACAGAGUUACGAACGAGUGCUCUCAUCGGUGCCUGGUGUGAGAGAGAUCGAGGUCUCUAUCGAUGUUGCAGAGCUAGAGACGAGCAACACUUUUGAGAUCACCACAGCAUCAGUGCCUAUGGGUCAGACCAGGGCUAGGGAUGAACAGUUCUUUGUUCAUAUCAGACUACACGCCUGGCCAGCACUCACCACAGACAGAAAGAUUGAUUCAGCAAAGUCAAUUACAGGGCUUAGUCUUCUAUUUGAAAACCAAACCAAAAACCAACAGCGGCUGCAUGUGUCAAGAGCAAAGGGCGGAAACGAGGAAGCCUUGGUUGACCUGUUUGUCAAGACUAAGCAACUAACGUCCUUGAAUUUGGGGAGUGGAGGUGUUUCUCUAAACAACAAGUAUGCCGUCAGGGGGCAUCCCUCUGCCGUGAACUGA